UGUGCUACAAAAUGAUUUUUAAAAUCAUAUUAUUAAUGUUAAUUGCUAUUGUGAUCGAAAUAAACGCAAGAGUUCGAUUUGAAGAUUUAGAAAAUAAAGAAGAAAUAAUUGUAAAUCCAAAAAGAGAUCAAUUCAGAUAUGUACCUGCUAUAAGGUAUAUACACAAGGAUUGUUUUGAAUUUUGGGUAAGAGCUCCAAGUGCUAUACAAAUUUCUCUUAGUAAUGCUCCUCAAUAUAUUGAUCCUAAAAUUAAUAUUGUACUUGGUGAUCAUUCGAAUAUGAAAUCUGCAAUAUAUAUAAAUGGAACUAAUUUUUGGCUAAGCUCUACACCAAAUAUUUUGGAUACACGUGAAUAUCGUUCUUUUUGGAUAAAAUGGUCUAUAAAAGGCAAGAUUUGGGUUGGUAAAGGAGAUGAAAUUAUGCCAUUCAUGGUAUUUGAAAGUCCGGAGCAAUUCUAUCCAAUAAAUUUCAUUGGAAUUGCAUCAAUAGAUUCUGAGGCAUCCUUUGUUGUUAAUGAGGGUAAUUUUUGUAAAAAUGUGAAUAAAUGUCUUGAAGGAGGUAUUGUAACGAAAUUACCUAAAGAAUAA